ACAAAUGGGGGAUAAUUGAGAAUAAAGAAGACUCAUGCCAAACCCAUGAUUGGCAAAAAGAUAUUUACUGCCUCUAAAGUUGUGCCCUUCCUUCCAUGAUCAUUAUGUUUUAAGGGUAGGGGAAGUCACUCAGCAUCCAAAGCCCUCCUCAAAACUCUUGCAGUUUUUGGUACAAGCCAUCUAGUAAUGGCUUCUGCGGACCGAAAUUACGAUGUAUUCUUGAGUUUUAGAGGUGAAGACACCCGCAAAAAUUUCAGUGAUCAUCUCUACACCACUUUGAUUGCAAAUGGAAUUCAUACUUUCAGAGACAGUGAAGAACUUGAUAAAGGAGGAGAUAUUGCAUCUGAACUCUCAAGAGUAAUUCAGAAAUCAAGGAUUUUCAUUAUCAUAUUCUCAAGAAAUUAUGCUACUUCGAAAUGGUGUUUAAAUGAACUUGUAAAAAUCACUGAGCGUAUGACACAGAAAGAGUCAACAAUCCAUCCUGUUUUCUACCAUGUGAAUCCAUCAGAAGUGCGACAUCAAUCCGGAAGUUAUGGAGAGGCCUUUUCCAACUAUGAAAAGGAUGCAGACCUAGAGAAGGAGAACAUAGUGAAGUGGAGGGCUGCCUUGACACAAGUAGGCAAUCUAUCCGGAUGGCAUGUGGAUAACCAAUAUGAGUCAGAGGUACUCAUAGGAAUCACUAAUGACAUCAUCAGAAGAUUAAAUCGUGAGCCUUUAAAUGUGGGCAAGAACAUAAUCGGAAUGAGUUUUCAUUUGGAAAAACUCAAAUCAUUGAUGAACAUUGAGUCAAAUGAGGUUUGUGUGGUUGGGAUAUCUGGAAUCGGUGGAAUUGGUAAAACUACUAUUGCUAAAGCUAUUUAUAAUGAUAUCUCAUAUGAAUUCCAUGGUAGUUGCUUUCUUAAAAAUGUUAGAGAGAGAUCUAAAGAUAAUACACUUCAAUUGCAACAAGAACUUCUUCAUGGUAUCCUAAGGGGAAAAUGUUUGAAAGUAAGCAAUAUUGAAGAAGGACUCAAGAUGAUAAAAAAUUGUCUUAACUCAAAAAAGGUUCUUGUUGUCCUUGAUGAUGUGGACGCUCUAAAGCAAUUGGAAUACUUGGCUGAAGAGCCUGAGUGGUUUAGUACAAAAAGCAUUGUCAUCAUAACCACUAGAGAUAAACGUUUCCUCACUCAAUAUGGGAAGCAUGUAUCAUAUGAGGUUGAGAAACUAAAUGAAGAAGAAUCUAUUGAGCUCUUUAGUAGGUGGGCAUUUAAACAGAAUCUGCCUCAAGAAGCUUAUAGAAACCUCUCCUACCACAUAAUAGAAUAUGCUAAAGGCCUUCCAUUAGCACUCAAAGUUUUGGGCUCCUUUUUUCUUGGAAAGACAAGAUCUCAAUGGAAAGAAGCAUUGCAUAAGCUAGAAAAGAUACCUCACAUAGAGAUUCAAAAUGUACUUAAAAUAAGCUAUGAUGGACUCAAUGAUAUAGAGAAAGGAAUAUUCCUUGAUAUUGCAUGUUUUUUCGAAGGGGAAGAUAAAGAAGUUGUUUCAAGAAUAUUACAUAAUGUCUCUAUAGAGUGUGGAAUAAGUAUUCUUCAUGAUAAGGGUUUGAUAACUAUUUUAGAAAAUAAGUUAGAGAUGCAUAAUUUGAUACAACAAAUGGGUCAUGAAAUUGUUCGCCAAGAAUGUCCGAAAGAGCCUGGAAAAUGGAGCAGAUUGUGGGAUCCUGAAGAUGUUUAUCGAGUACUAACCAAAAAUACGGGGACAGAAGCUAUUGAAGGAAUAAUCCUAGACAUAUCUGCAUCAGAACAGAUACAAUUCACUACAGAAGCUUUUAAAAUGAUGAACAGACUUAGAUUGCUCAUAGUACAUCAAGAUGCAAAAUACGAUUCUAUGGUAGAACAUCAUGUUGUGGGGGAUCAAGUGCAACUCUCUAAGAUGCACCUUCCUGCAAACUUUCAAAUUCCUUCUUUUGAGUUAACAUUUCUCCAUUGGGAUGGAUACUCCUUGGAAUCUUUGCCCUCAAAUUUUCAAGCAGAUAAUCUUGUUGAACUCCAUUUACGGUGUAGCAACAUAAAACAACUUUGUGAAGGAAAUAUGAUAUUUAACAUAUUAAAGGUCAUCAAUCUCAGUUUUUCUGUGCAUCUCAUCAAAAUCCCAGACAUCACAAGUGUGCCGAAUUUGGAGAUUCUAAUUCUAGAAGGUUGUACAAACCUCAUGAGUCUUCCGAGUGACAUUUACAAGUUGAAAGGCCUUCGUACUCUGUGUUGCCGUGAAUGUUUAAAGCUAAGGAGUUUCCCAGAAAUCAAGGAAAGAAUGAAAAAUCUAAGGGAGCUUUAUCUAAGCGAGACAGAUUUAAAAGAGUUACCAUCAUCCUCAACAAAACAUCUUAAGGGCCUUACAGACUUGGAUUUGACAGGAUGCAGAAACCUUAUACAUGUUCCAAAGAGCAUUUGUGCAAUGAGGUCUCUUAAAGCUCUCAGUUUUAGUUACUGUCCAAAACUGGACAAAUUGCCGGAGGACUUGGAGAGCCUGCCUUGCUUAGAGAGUCUUUCAUUGAAUUUCCUUAGAUGUGAACUGCCUUGUUUGUCAGGUUUAUCCUCCUUAAAAGAAUUAUCUCUAGACCAAUCCAAUAUAACUGGUGAAGUAAUCCCGAAUGACAAUGGCUUGUCCUCAUUGAAGUCCUUAAGUCUUAACUACAAUAGAAUGGAACGGGGGAUACUCAGUAACAUUUUCUGCCUCUCUUCAUUGGAAGAAUUAAAACUCAGGGGGAACCAUUUUAGUACAAUACCUGCUGGCAUAAGUAAACUUCCAAGAUUGAGAUCUCUUAACUUGAGCCACUGCAAGAAGCUUCUACAAAUUCCAGAGCUUCCUUCAAGUCUGCGAGCUUUAGAUACACAUGGUUCACCAGUUACUUUAUCAUCAGGUCCGUGGAGUCUCCUCAAAUGCUUCAAGUCGGCAAUUCAGGAGACAGAUUGUAAUUUCACAAAAGUUGUGUUCAUUCCUGGAGAUAGUGGGAUUCCAAAGUGGAUAAAUGGUUUCCAAAAGGGAAGUUAUGCAGAAAGAAUGCUUCCUCAGAAUUGGUACCAAGAUAACAUGUUCUUGGGAUUUUCCAUAGGCUGUGCCUAUGUUCUGCUUGAUAAUGAAUCUGACCGUGAAUUUGACUACAGCUCUGAAAAUGAAUCUGAGCAUACGUCCUCAGACGAAUCUGAUUACAGCUCCGAGAAUGAAGAAUCUCAGAAAAAAUCUGCUCAUACAUCUCAUAAUUUAGAAUGUCAUUUGAUUAUGGAAGGUGAAGGUGAUGAUCUUAGAGACUUGGAGCAUUUCCCAUUUCCUUUUGAUUGUGAGUGCUAUGAAGAUGAUGAGGAUGGGGUAUCAGAUCAGAUGUGGGUAAUGUAUUAUCCUAAGGUAGCUAUUCCUGAAAAUUUUCACUCUAACCAAUGGACGGCACUUCAGGCUUCAAUAGAGGGCUAUAACCGCUAUGGUAAACCCUUGAAAGUAAAAUACUGUGUCAUUGAUCUUAUAUAUGACCUAGCUCAUCAAAACAGGGACCUGGCUGGGACAUUUAGAGAUCACGGAUAUAGCUGCUCAGAUUGUCAAUUGGAUACGGAAUGUGAAUUGAAGCUUUGUUUAGCGGGCAAUGAAUUCUAUGAACUGCCCACUAUUGAGUGUCCCUUAGCACUUGAUAGUUUGUGUUUGCGCAACUGCGAAAAGCUUGAGAGUCUUCCAAGUGACAUUUGUAAGUUGAAAUCCCUUAAAAGUCUCUUUUGCUCUGGCUGUUCGGAACUAAAGAGCUUUCCGGAAAUCGUGGAGAAUAUGGAAAAUUUAAGAAAGCUUUAUUUAAACCAAACAGCUAUAGAAGAGCUACCAUCCUCAAUUGAUCAUCUACAAGGGCUUCAGUGUCUGAGUGUGGAAAGUUGCGACAACCUUGUGAGUCUUCCAGAGAGCAUUUGUAAUUUGACAUCUCUUAAAGUUCUUGUGGUUGAUUGUUGUCCAAAGCUCUACAAGUUGCCAGAGAACUUGGGGAGCCUCCGAAGUUUAGAAGAGCUUUAUGCUACACAUUCAUAUUCAAUUGGCUGUCAGUUGCCUUCUUUAUCAGGUUUAUGUUCCUUGAGAAUAUUAGAUAUACAAAAUUCAAAUCUAUCACAAAGAGCAAUCCCGAAUGACAUUUGCUGCCUCUACUCAUUGAAACUAUUAAAUCUUAGCAACUUCAAUCUAAUUGAAGGAGGAAUCCCCAGAGAAAUUUACAACCUAUCAUCACUUCAAGCAUUACUUCUAGGGGGGAACCAUUUUAGUAGUAUACCUGAUGGCAUCAGUAGACUUACAGCACUGAGAGUUCUUGACUUGAGCCACUGUCAAAACCUACUAAGAAUUCCAGAGUUCUCAUCAAGUCUGCAAGUUUUAGAUGUACACAGCUGCACAUCCCUGGAAACUUUAUCAAGUCCAUCAAAUCUUCUUCAAUCUUGUCUGUUAAAAUGCUUCAAAUCAUUAAUUCAGGAUUUGGAACUUGAGAAUGAUAUUCCAAUAGAACCCCAUGUUGCUCCCUAUUUGAAUGGUGGAAUUAGCAUUGCCAUUCCUAGAAGUAGUGGAAUUCCAGAGUGGAUAAGGUAUCAGAAAGAGGGAUCCAAAGUUGCAAAAAAGCUUCCACGGAACUGGUACAAAAAUGAUGACUUCUUAGGAUUUGCUUUAUUCUCCAUUCACGUUCCACUUGAUUAUGAAUCUGAUGACUUAUUUGAUAACCAAGACACUUGGAGUUCAGAAUCUGAUAUUGAAUAUGAGGAUGAAAUUGAUAACCAAGAAACUCCAAGCUCAGAACCUGACAAUGAAUCUGAGGAUGGCCUUGAUAAUGAAAAUACUUGGAGUUUAGAAUGUGAAUUAACUAUAGGUGAUGAUCAUCGAUUCUGGUUCAAGGAUCAUGUAUCGUUUCAAUGCUGCUGUAAAUGUGACAUUGAUGAUGAUGUACCAAAUCAAGUGUGGGUGACCUAUUAUCCUAAGAUUAUUAUUCCAAUGAAGUAUGCCUCCAACAAAAGGAGGCGCUUGAAGGCUUCAUUUCAGGGUUUCUUUUGUGGUGAACCAGUGGAAGUGGAAAAGUGUGGGAUCCAGCUUAUAUAUGCCCGAGAUGAUGAGCAGAAGAUCAUAUCCAGGCAAGAUGAUGCUAAGAGGAGCUGUGACGAUGUAGAAGACAACCCAGCUGAUGAGCCCCACCAUAAAAGGUUCAAACAGCCCCAACACUGAUCUCAAGCUUGAAGCUGAAUAAUGCAAUUGCUUCUCUAAUUAUUGGUUGUGUUUGGUGGCCAAGAAAGCUACAAGAAAAAGGAAAAUGGAGGUUUGUGUUUAGUGGCUGAGAAAGAUGCUAUAUUGGGACAAAAUGAUACUUUUGGUUUUAUUUUAAUUGAUAUUAAUAUUGUAUUCAUUUUGUUUGUUUUACCUCUUGACCUUCCUCUCUAAAUUCGUUCUUUGUUUUUCCA